AUGAGAGCCUCCCACCCACGCCAGUCAAGCAUUGACCUUGACUCCCCCGACCGGCCGUUCGACAAUAUCAUCAAUUUCCGGGAUGUGGGCCGCUCUGUUAACCAGUGGUUGGGGAGACGGGUCUUGAAAGAGGGUGUGCUUUAUCGGAGUGCGAGGCCCGAUGACGCCUCCGAAAGAGACAAGCGACGCCUAUCAGAGGAGCUGCACAUCGCCACAGUCAUUGAUCUCAGAUCGAGCACCGAACACCAAAUGGCAACCGACAAACGUCGAGCCGAGAACGACGCCCAGUUAGAGAAAGCGGAUUCGUCCGUUUCCUCUGAUGCCGCCGCCGCAGCAGCAGCAGCAACCCCAGACGAGCACCUGGUGCAGCUCCCCGGCGCGCAAUUGCACCUUGUUAGUCUGACGGGGAAGGCGUUUGAGCGGACGUUGUUGUGGAGGUUGGAUUGGUGGAAUCUUUUCAAGGUCCUAUCCCUAGCAGCAUCAGGCUACCGCCCCGAUGCAAUCACCAUAGUCGGCGAACAGGUGAUGUCGCCUAGGGGAUUGAUCGGGCUCGGCCAGGACACGCUGGAUAGCAGCACGGUUGAGAUGAGGACGUUGUUUCACAUUUUGGCCUCAUCGUCUUCAACUCCGACAUCAACAUCAUCAACGCCAUCAUCGUCUUCAGCACCGUCAUCAACAUCAUCUGAAACCGACGAAGACAACACCCCAGAAACCAACAUCCCAGACACCAGCCAAAAAGAAAGUGUCUACCCCCUCCUGAUCCACUGCACGCAAGGCAAAGACCGCACAGGCCUCAUCGUGCUCCUCUGCCUGCUCCUCGUGGCAGAUGUGGUUCCGGAAGACGCCAUGGCGGCGGACUACGUGCGCUCGGAGCCGGAACUCGUCGCUGAAGUCGACGAGCGGAUGAAGGAGAUUCGGAAACUGGGGUUGUCUGAGGAAUACACGAAGUGUCCGGCGGGGUUCAUUGGCGAGAUCAAGCGCCAUUUGCAGGAGGUGUAUGGGGGUGUGGAGGGGUAUUUGAGCUAUGUGGGGGUUACUGGGGAGGAGGUGGAGAGGGUGAGGGGGGUUUUGCUUGCUUAG